CUCCUGCCCCUUUUAAAAAGUUCGCCCCGCCGCCGGGAAUGAGGUCAGCGCGGCCGCUUCUCAUUGCACGCCGCCAUUAUUACCGCGCCGGAGCAGCCUCCAAUUGCCGCUCGGCGGGAGGAGCUUGGCACGCGGAGGCGUUGGAUACAGCUCCCGAUUGGCCGCGGGGCGGGCCGCGAACGGAUAAAGCGGCGGCGCGGGGCGGGCGCGGGGGUCCGCUCUCAGCUGCUGCCAGCGGAGCGAGGCGCGCGGGAGGGCGCGGGGCAUCGCCCGGCGGGCGCGCGGGUCGGCGCGCGGCGGGGGGGGGGCGCGCGGCAGGGUUCCGCGCGCGCGGAGUAGCAGCAUCGGCGGCAGAAACCGGGAACGGUGCUGGGCGCCCGGCUCGCCGCUUUUACUGGCGGGGACCUACACACUCGUUCAUUUUUUGCUUCUGAUUUUUUUUUUCGGGGUUAUUUUUUCCCCUCGUUUUUUUUUCUUUUUUAUUUUUUUUUUCCUGAGUGGCUUCCUUUUCGCUCAGUACCUCGCAACUGACAAAUUCUACCUGCACAAACUCUUCUUGGCCGCCGACCCUGCCGCCACCACCACCACCACCACGCGUCCUGGAAGCCGGGGUUUGGGAGGCGCGCCGCCUCCUUCUUUCCCUGUGGCCGUGCACGCUGGCCGUGCCCAGCGCUUGAGAGACUUUCGGCAGCGGCGGAGGUGGGCGCGCUGCUUUCCUGAAACGCCGGGGGCGGGCAGCAAGCCCUUGUGAACUGGACCAGCUGCUUCGGGGAGGGGGGAGAUCCGAGGUGGUGAGGAAAAAACACAGACCGACAUCCCCCCUUCCACAUUCAAAGCCCAAAACACCCCGAGAAAAGAACCAAAUUUGGACGGGUGGCUCGAGGUGCUGCUUUUGCAGAAACUCUGGUCCGACCGUGGGCGGCCCCGCUGUCGCCGUCGCCUCGAAGGGACAAGGACCGCGCCGCCGGGGACGAGGCGCCGGUGUGGAAGUACAAGUGGUGCGGGAAGCGGGGUCGCGGCCGCGCGGGGCUACGGGGCCCCAGUGUCGCUGUGAGAAGUUGCGCGCCCUGCCCCGUGCCGGAGCGGCACUGAGCUCCGGCGGGCCCCCCGCCGCCGCCGCGAUGGUGCAGCAGACCAACACGGCGGAGAACACUGAGGCGCUGCUGGCCGCCGAGACCUCCGAUUCCGGGGCCGGCAUCGAACUGGGCAUCGCCUCCUCCCCCACGCCGGGCUCCACCGCCUCCACGGGCGGCAAGGCGGACGACCCGAGCUGGUGCAAGACGCCCAGCGGGCACAUCAAGCGGCCUAUGAACGCUUUCAUGGUGUGGUCGCAGAUUGAGCGGCGAAAGAUCAUGGAGCAGUCCCCCGACAUGCAUAACGCCGAGAUCUCCAAGCGCUUGGGCAAGCGCUGGAAGUUGCUCAAGGACAGCGACAAGAUCCCUUUCAUCCGGGAGGCGGAGCGGCUGCGCCUCAAGCACAUGGCGGACUACCCCGACUACAAGUACCGGCCCAGGAAGAAGGUGAAGUCGGGCAACAGCUCCGCCAAGCCCGGCGACAAGGCGGACAAGGGCGGCGGGGGCGGCGCCGGCGGGGGCAGCGCGGGCGGCGGCCCCGGUGGCUCUGCGGCCUCCGCCAAGCCCGCCCCGAAGAAGGGCGGUGGCGGCGGCUCCAAACCCUCCCCCACGGGCGGCGGCGGCGGCGCGGGUGCGGGCGGCAAGUCCCACGGCAAGGCGGGUGCGGGCGGCAAGGCCGCCCCCUUCCCUGGAGAGCCGCCAGCCGCGCUGUUGCCGCCCGAGCACCAGGCGCUAUACAAGCCCCGGGGGGCAGCGGGGGCUCCCUCAGGCCCCGGCAAGCCUCUGGCCGAGAAGAAGCUGAAGCGGGUCUACAUCUUCGGGAGCGGGCAGGCGGCGGCUGCCUCGGCGUCCCCCGGCAGUGCUGUGCCCGGCAGUCCCACACUCAGCAGCUCGGCGGAGACCGGUGACCCCUUGAGCCUCUACGAGGAGGGGGGAGGCGCGGCGGGCCGGCCCGACGGGGACUGCGGCGGCACCGGCUGUCCUUCGCCUUCGGGCUCGCCCGCGGAUCACCGUAGCUACACCAGCCUGCGCGCUUCUUCCCCGGCCCCCUCGACGGCACAUUCCUCUUCUGCGUCGUCCCACUCCUCCUCCUCUUCCUCUGGCUCCGCUUCGUCCGACGACGAGUUUGAGGACGACCUCUUGGACCUAAACCCCAGUCCCGGCUUUGAGAGCAUGUCCCUGGGCAGCUUCAGCUCCUCGGUGCUUGACCGGGACCUGGAUUUUAACUUCGAGCCCGGCUCAGGCUCGCACUUUGAGUUCCCGGACUACUGCACGCCGGAGGUAAGUGAGAUGAUCUCGGGGGACUGGCUGGAGUCCAGCAUCUCCAACCUGGUUUUCACUUACUGAGGCGAGACCCGCUCGCUGCUGGAGGAGGCAAAGGCGUGCAUCGUCGGCAGGACUCGCCCACCCCCACCGGGCAUAUUUUGUUUCGAUGUUGGUUUGUUUUAUUUUAUGGGAAGGGGCUAGUGAGACUGCUUGUGUUCGGGCCGAGCGGCGGCGGGAGCGGGUUCGCUCUCUACAGAAAGGACAGCAAGCCCCCUUCCUCCGGCUGCAGACGGACCCGUACACACCCCCUCCGAGAGACCAGCCUGACGUGGCCUUUUCAGAGCCUGGCGGGAGCGAAACGCUGCCUCUUCCCUUAUUUCCUGAAAAGAGACAGAGAAGGGGAGGGGAGAAACCGCAUAUGCCUCUGGGUUCUCUGUUAUUGCCCACUUGAUGCGAAAAAAGAGGAGGGAGAGCAAUGCAUUGUGCUGAGCACACACUGGAUGUGUUGAGCGUUUGCUCUUUGGUAUGAGAGAGCAAUCAGAACUUCUUGGGGGAAAAAAAAGAACAACCAACAAAUCUACCCAAGCCUUUUCAAGGUUCAUGUUUGGGGACAGAAAUCCUGUCCCGUUUGCUUGUGCGAUAAGAAAAGGCGACGGUGAUGGGAGGAGGAGGUGGAUGGAGCUGGACUGAGAUCCUUAUUUAGCGGGAAAGAGCCAGACUUACACUUGGAGAGCUGUCUUGGAAAUACGGUGGAGGGAAGAUAAUAAUAAACUGAAACGGAUUUGCACGUACAGAUGAGGUGGCUGCAGCGCUUUUCACAGUCACCUUCUGUCAUGUAGAGAGAAAAAUAAGGCUGAAACUUCAAGAACACUGAAAACUUCAGAGACUUGAAUGGGAACAGUUUUUGUCAUGAUGUGGUACAAGGGAAAUGGAGGGCCACGGCUUUUGCAAAAAAAACCAUGAAAAUACUUUAAAAAAACGUAGGUUUGGUUUUUUUCUUACUCGGAAUCGUGAUGGUGUUGGAUUAUUUCACUGGUGGGGUUUAAGGUUUAAUAUAGCAUGUUAUUCUGUCUAUCUUUUUAAGAUUUCCGUGAGACUGUUGAACAGUUUAAACCCUGGUGUUAGGAGUUUCACAGCAGGUAGAUGGCGCAAUGUUUGAUUCCUACGAGAUAUCACCAGCUUUUUUUCAUUCUUAACUCUUUAAGGGAUUCAAACGCAACUCAAAUCUGUGCUGGACUUAAAAAAAAAAAAAAAAAGAAAAUUCAGGACCAAAUUUUUUUUUUCCUCAGAGUCUGUAUGUGUUUGUUCCUUAUAGCUGUAAAUGAAAAGACUGUUUUUUCUCACCGAUGCUCCAUCCUCGUAUUGUUGGGUUUUUUUUCCUUGUAAAUGUAAUCGGAUGCCAUUUUAUAAGUGGACGUAUUUAUACUGGCCAAACAUUUUUGACUUGUAUUUCUUUGUCUUUUUUGGUAGUUCUCGUUGUUACCCGCACCAUUUUUAUGUCUCCUUCACUGAAGGGCUAGAGUUUUAACUUUUAAUUUUUUAUAUUUAAAUGUAGACUUUUGACACUUUUAAAAACAAAAAGAGAAGAGAGAUGAAAACGUUUGAUUAUUUUCUCAGUGUAUUUUUGUAAAAAAUAUAUAAAGGGGGUGUAAAUCGGUGUAAAUUGCUGUUUGGAUUUCCUGAUUUUAGCAACAGGGCCGCUGGUUAGUCUCUCACACCCGUGUGCGCGCUCACCCACACUCACACACCCACGUAUCAGCCCCUAUUUUGUCCAUGUUUACACUCCAAUCUGCAGGCAUCUUAAAGUGACAGCAUCCCUCACCGCUGCUGCCCGCCCGCAGCCCCCCUGCCUUUCUGCGGGGGCUAGGGGGGAAGAGGGGAAGGGAAAAGCUGAGGCGUAUACACUGUAUGCUACCGUUUUGGGGAGAAACCUAUCCCGAGUUGAAGUAAAGCAACUGGUGCAUUUACACAGGAGGGAUCCUGUACCUUUAACUUGUAAACCACAUCUUUUGCACUUUUUUUUUUUUGGAAGCAAAAAAACGUGCCGUUUAAACCACUGGAUCUAUCUAAAUGCCGGUUUGAGUUCGCGACACUAUGUACUGCGUUUUUCAUUCUUGUAUUUGACUAUUUAAUCCUUUCUACUUGUCGCUAAAUAUAAUUGUUUUAGUCUCUUAUGGCAUGAUGAUAGCAUAUGUAUUCAGGUUUAUAGCUGUUGUGUUUAAGAUGAAGAAAGUGAAAACAUCUUUGUACAUUUAAGUCUGUAUUAUAAGCGAAAAAGAAGAUUGUGUGUUUAUGUAUGUUAAUAUAACAUGACAGGCACUAGGACGUCUGCCUAAGGAGGUGGUUCCGUUAAGGGUUUUAACUUUUUUUGUUUGUUGUUUUGUUGGUUUUUGUGUUUCUUUUUUUUUUUUUUUUUACUUUUUUUGUUUGUUUCUCUUUGGGUUUUGUUUUCCUUUUUUUUUUUUUUUGGUCAUCCAUCCUGUGCAAUAUGCUGUGUAGACUUUUUUUUCCUUUUUGCUUUUUUUUUUUUGUCUGAUGAACACUCAAAACGCAACGUUGGGAAAGAAAAGAAAAAAUCAUGCCAACUAACCAUGUCAAGUUCACUGCCUGUCAGAUUGUUGAUAUACCUUCUGUAAAUAACCUUUUGUUUGGGUUUUUUGUUUUGGGUUUUUUUGUUGUUGGGGUUUUCUUUUGUUUGUUUGGUUGGUUUUUUUGUUGUUUUUUUUUCUUCUUCGGAAAGGAAAUAAAAUCAGCUGGAACUGAACCCUAA